AUGGACGCUAAAAUCGAGAUCGAUACCCAUAUUCAACACAUCCUUCUCCUUGCUGGAGUCCAUGUUGGCAAGAUCUUGGAUUCCGGCAAGUACUUUGAGUUGUUGGAGCAUUUCAGACGUGCUCACGUUGGCUUUUGGGGUCAAGUCGUACGGCUAUCGGUCAACUUCUACAUCGGCCUUGUCACGAACCGGCAAGUGUGCGCCGUCAUAGUUGACGGGAGUGAGGCUGUCUUCGUUUUGAUCCGGGAUUCGAUGACCAGUGGAUCAUUUUACCAUGCACCCCUUCAUGAACCGGCGAAAUUCGGCUGGACCAUUGCACGAGACGGCCCGUCUUGCAAAGCCUUGUUUUCUAGGGUGGCCACCAUGCGGUCUUUCACAUCUAGAGCUCUGUCGAGUGACAAUUCGGACUCGAUAACUGCGGUGCCUUUCACCGUGGCGGCGGCGAUCUUCUUAUUGAAUCCAGUUUCUCGGUGCCGCACGGCGGGAGAGCAUAGACGUCAUCUUGCUCCACACCAUGCAGCCUGCCUGUUUGCGGCUUUGGUGAACUAG